UGUCGCUCCAGCGCACGUGAAGAUCCGGAGGAGAGGAGGAGGAGGAUGGAUGAAUCCAGCAUCCCAUGCACCACGGAGGACGGACACCUGCCAAGCUGGAGGUGGAACAGAUCCGCAAGGGAUCAAGUCCAAAUCAAGCCGAAGGUCCGCGAUCUGCCCGGAUUAUUAAAACACGGACUGAACCUGCGCAAAAAGAGCCAGUCACCUGACACCAUCCCAGGACCCAGCACAGGCGUCACACCCAAACCCAAGACAUGUUCUCAUAGUUUCCCUUGUGCUGGACGCGCGCUGAGAAAUGCGUUUCUUUCACAUGGACCAUAUCCAGCUAAAGACAAGAUUCACCUAGCCAGGAUUAUCAGGAGGAGUUAUGUUGGUGUGGAGUUGGUACAGUGGCUGCUGGAACAGUGUGUGUCGGUUCAGUGUCGGUUAAUGGCGUCACGUGUUUGGCAGGUGCUGCUGGAGCUGGGAAUACUACACUCAGUUGACCAGCGGUUGGUGUUUGAAGACUCUAACACAUACUAUCAGUUUUCAUUCGAGGAGUGCGACACUCAGGGUUGUGAAUUUCGUAAUGAGGAAGAAUGGCAGAAUGGAGUCAGUCUGCUGCUGCAGCUCGUUCCCUACGUACAGUUCAGAGUCGUCAGUCCACCCGAGGAAGACCCAGACAGAAAGCGAGAUAUCUGCAGCGAGAUUCUCCAGAUGAAAGCGCUGGAGAGACUCACGUCUACAGUACAGAAUGAACUGGCUGCUGCUCUCGCAAGAAAAGCCAAGAAAUCAAUGUCAGUUGACGACAGCUUGGAGGCAACAGACAGUUCUCCACAAGAACCCCAAAAACCCACCGAAGACAACAGCAAGCAGGCAGGCGUCUGUGCUCUCCGAGCUCCCGAUGACUUCUCGCGAUUAGAGGUGGUCCAGCGACUGGCCAAGGACGGGUAUCGGUUCCUUCAGAACCAGAAUUACCGGCUCCCGGAACGUUCCGCACAGGCGCAGAGUGAGGGCGUGGUGCGUGUGUGUUUGAAGGAGAGAGGUCAGGACGUGUUGGUUCUCAAGCGAGUUCCAUCAGAUCCUUCGUUUCCACAAACGGCGGGAGUCAAAGAUGAGGAUGGUGAUAAGAGGUAUGUCGUGGUGUCCGGAACGCCCCACAAGAUCCUGGAGCACCUGCUAAGCGACCUUCGCCUGGAUGAGCACCAGGGGGCGUCGGAGGGCAAAGAGGCGGAAAUGCUUCUGGACGACUUCCUGUUGACAUAUCUGGUCUUUAUGUCCACCAGUGAGCUCUGUCAAGCCCUGCUGGGACACUACUGUACCAAGCGCGUACUAAGUCGAGGGAAGGAGGAAGGAAAGGAGGCCCUGUAUAGGAAGCGGAAGGUAUUGCACCUUGUGUCCCAGUGGAGCGCUCUGUACAAGGACUUCCUGCGUGAAGAGGACAACGUCAAACUCUUCAUGAAGACGCUGUAUCGAUACGUGCUGGAGGACGUUUAUGAGUUUCCAACACUGGAAAAAGACUUGAAGGAAUUCCAGAAACUUCUGCGACGUAGACACACGGUGGAUGAUUAUUCUCCACACCAAAAGAAUAAAGCGCACUUCCAGCAGUUGAGUCUGAAGGAGAACUGUGUUUCACUACGAGUGUCUCCAGCUGAGAGUAAAGAAGUAAUGUGUCAUGUGUAUGUGAGCUGUGAUUCAUAUCUCAGUAUGAGAGUGAAACCUGCCGUAAUUGCUCAAGAACUGCUGCACAUCGUCGCUCAACGGAUGGACAGAUCAGAAGAUGACAUGAUGCUGGUGGCCCAGACUUACAGGGGCGAGAAGUGUGUCCUGCAGCCUAAUGACAGAAUUUAUUCAGGAUCUCUGGUGACUUCAGGUAGACUGAUCGCCUGUUGGAGAGAUCUCAACGAGAUACUGCCGCCCCUGACUGAGUGUCCAGAACUGGGUCAGAAGCCUGUCAGACUGCUGGGUAUCAACACGUGGGACGUAUCCGUGGCUCUCACAAACUUCGACUGGAAUCUUUUCAACUCCAUACAUGAGCAAGAUUUGAUAUUCUAUACGUUCAGUCGCCAAGCCAGCGGUGGACACACGGUAGCGCUGGAGUUCCUAUUGCAGCGUUGUAAUGAGGUCCAGCAGUGGGUGAUGUCAGAGGUGCUGCUCUGUCCAUCGCUCGGCAAACGAGUCCAGCUGCUUAAGAAGUUCAUCAAGAUCGCUGCUCACUGUAAAGCGCAGAGGAAUCUGAACUCUUCAUUCGCUAUCAUCAUGGGUUUAAACACCGCUGCCGUCAGUCGUCUAAACCAGACAUGGGAGAAAGUUCCUGGGAAAUUCAAGAAGCUGUUUUCUGAGCUUGAGUUGUUGACGGAUCCAUCUAUGAAUCACAAGGCCUACAGAGAUGCAUUCAAGAAGAUGAAACCGCCCAAAAUACCCUUCAUGCCUCUGCUGCUUAAAGAUAUCACUUUCAUCCAUGAGGGGAAUAAAACAUUUCAUGAUAAUCUUGUCAAUUUUGAGAAGCUGCACAUGAUUGCAGACACGGUCCGACUCAUUCGCCACUGUCAGACAGAUCAAACAGGAAAUGAGCUUUCACAGUGUGACAGUCCUGAAGUGCGAUCGAGUGUCCAUUACCUGCACAUCAUUGACAGUCAGCAGACACUGUUUGAACUGUCUCACAGACUAGAGCCCAGAGUGUAACAGCAUUCACUGCAGCUGCGGCAGCACAAACACAGCGUUUGUCUCGCUGUGAAAACAGAUUGAACUGCUAAAAUACAACAGCACCUUCACUGGACAGAGACGAGACACUUCGAACAAUUCCAGCUCCCAGCACUGACUGAACGGACACUGUUUGUGGGCGGCACUUUCACAGCCAAAUAAGGGAGAACUGUACAGUAAAUUGACCUGUUUGAGCACACAGGUUUUUAUUCCCAUGUUUAUAAAAUGUUUCAUGUCAGAAUUUAGUGUUGGUUGAUAUCAAUCUUUUCCUGUAUGCAAAAUAUAGGAAAAGUGUAAACAUGUUCAGCAUUUGUUUUGUUGAAAUGCAGCUGUCAAUGUUUAUUUAAUGUGGCGUUUAACUCUGAAAAUUAUUUUUACUGAUAUUUAUGAUUUUAUUAUUUCAGACAGUUAGGGCUGGGCGAUGUAGCUAAAGAAUUAUGUCUUGAUAUUUUUUUAGCCUUUGACGAUAUUGGUGUUUAUUUAUUUUUUAAAUGGAUUAAAAAAGUGAUAUGUUUUCAAUCAGAAGAACAUCAUUUAAACUAAACAGCCAUUGUUGACAAGUAAAAUCUACUUAGUAGAUUCAAAAUGUUUAAUGCCUAAUAUUAAACAAAAAAUGAGUUUAGAAAUGAUUAAAAAAUAUAUAUAUUUAAAGGCACAUUUUUUAAGAAAGGGAAUAAUGUAAUAGGAAUAUUUAUUUAGUCAUAUGCACCAAUAUAACAAUAAAUAAACAGCAAUAUUACUAACAUUUUUAUUAAAAUAAUUUAACAAGAUAAAAGCAAUUUAUGUGAACAAUUUUAGUGAUAACGCAAACAAAUCAUUUUUGAAUCAAGUUUUGAAUAGAUUCAUUGAAUAGUUUGAAGUGAUUCACGAAAAUGAAUCAAACUUACCAACUCUAACACAAUUUUUCUACUUAAGUUUAAAUCAUAAAAAUAACGUAAUGACAAAUUCUUUGAGACUCAAUGGCCUAAUAAAAAGUGCAAGAAAAUCAUUGCGAUAUUCACAACGUGCUUAAUUUUAUAUUGCUUGCAAAAUCAUCGCAAUCCAAUAUUCAAUAUAUCGUCCAGCCCUACAGUACAUAUGUGAUGAACUCAGACUGAACGAACAAAACAGGUGUCAAAGGUCAUGAUGAUGUCAUAAUGAGCCAAGUGCUCGCUUGAUUUUGAAUCUUGAUCUAAUUCAUUACUGUAAUUACUUUUAAGUUAAAAAAAAAGCAGUGUAAUGCAUUGCAUUUUAAAUUACUGUAAUCAGAUUACAAUUACUGACUUUCAAUUUACUUUUUUUUUUUUUUUUUUUUUAGAUAAUUAAUUUGUAAUGGAUUAUUUUUAUUGAGAAAUUUACCCAAUAAUUAUCUUGAUAUUACGAGAUAAUUUUGAGGUUUUUUUUGGUUUGUUUUAUGUUUUAUAUUUCAUUUUAUUUAUUUUUUCCAAUUUUAGAUAAAUGUGACUGCAGCCAGCUUAAUGCCUAUUUUUUGUGACAUACCAACAACUGAAGCUUUUCUUAUUAAGUGUAAUUGUUACAGAGACCUGACAGUAUUAUUUCUAAUUCUUUUUCUUUUCCGUCUGUUUGAUGGUCAAGACUCUUAUUUCGUUUUGUGGAGUUUGCCCAUAACUGGUGUGGCUGCUCUCUGAUGUCAUUGCAUUUGGAUACAAUUGUUUGUAUUUACAGUACUGAAACUCUUGUGUGAAAAUAAUUUCCGUUUUAAAGUAAUUCUAAAGUUACAUGCAUGCAUAUUGUAUUUGCACUUACAUCUUUGUUUGUACAUUGUGUAAGAAUGUAUAUAUUGGAUACGUUUAUAUCAUUUGCAUACACACGUUUCUGUGCCAAGCACUUAUGGGAGAGAAAUGCAAUAUGAGAACAUUUUAAUUUUGUGAAAUGUUUUUUAAAAGCCUUAGCUGCCACUAUGAUUCCCAGUUUGUUCUGGAAGUGAAAUGUUUCAGUGCACAGACAUUUUCGCUUUUUAAACAAAUAGUUCUUCUAAAAAUUGUGUUCUGUCAUUGUUUACUCACUCUUGUGUCGUUACAAACCCAUAUGACACAUAUGACCUUAGAAGAGUUGGAAUAAAGCGCACAAGUCGUAUCAACCACUUUUAUGAUAAUUUUAUGGUGCUUUUUGAAACUUGCAUGAAAAAAGCAACCCGUUUAUUCUUUAAAAAUUGUGCUUUUGUGUUCCAAAGAAAAAAGAAAGGCAUACGGGUUUGGAACAACAUGAGGGUGAGUACAUGAUGAUAAAAUUUUCAUUUUUGGGUGAACUGUUCUUUUAAAUGGGUUUGAAAUGAUGUCAAAAUUUUGACACAUUGCAGUUUCAUUCUUUGAGUGGAUUUCAUCAUUGCAUUUCUUUUAAGAUACCUCAUUUCUUUAAACAUUUAAAGGAAUAGUUCACCCAAAAAUGGUGCACAUUAUUAUUAAUUAUUAUUCUCUCAUGAUUCACUUACGCUGAUGCCAUCCCUGAUGUGUAUGACUUUCUUUCUUCAGCAGAACACAAAUGAAGAUUUUUAGAAGAAGAUAGAGCUCUGUCAGGUCCUUAUAAUGCAAGUAAACGGGUGCCAGCACUUUGACGGUCCAAAAGUACAUUUAGGCAGCUUAAAAGUAAUCCACACGAGUUGAUCAAUGAAUGUCUUCUGAAGCGAAUCGCUAAGUUUUUUUUUCUCCCAAUUUGGAAUGCCCAAUUCCCAAUGUGCCACCCACCGCGGCAUCCACACUCAACGCACCACGCGCCCCACUGAGAACGAACCACAUUAUAGCAACCACGAGGAGGUUACCCCAUGUGACUCUACCCUCCCUAGCAACCGGGCCAAUUUGGUUGCUUAGGAGACCUGGCUGAAGUCACUCAGCACGCCCUGGGAUUUGAACUCCAGGGGUGGUAGCCAGUGUCUUUACCACUGAGCUACCCAGGCCCUGAAUCGCUGGGUUUAAGAAAGUCGAUAAUUAAAACAUUAACUUAAAAAAAUAAAAUUAAAAUAAAAAAUGCUUCCUGUCAGCAGUCGUCGCAUCAGUAACGUUAGUGCAAUGGCGCGUUCACGCGAGAAGUCGGAGCGUGCACUUUUUAUACAACGAGGAACAAAUGUCUCACGAGAGUUAGUUCAUUUCAAACUGAAAUGCAGCACUGGACGGAAACAACGAUAUAAGGUUAAAACGUUUUAAUUAUCGAUUUGUGUGGAUUACUUUUAUGCUGUCUAAAUGUGACUUUUGGACCGUCAAAGUGCUGGCACCUGUUUACUUGCAUGAUAUGGACCUACAGAAUUCAGAUCUUCUUCUAAAAAUCUUCAUUUGUGUUCUGCUGAAGACAGACAGUCAUAUGCAUUUAGGAUGGCAUCAGGGUAAGUGAAUCAUGAGGGAAUUUUCAUUUUUGGGUGAACUAUUCCUUUAAGGGAAUUAUAGGUUUCAUUUAAAUAAUUGAACAGCUCAGGAGAGAGUCACAGAAGUCUGCCUGGAUGCCAUGAUUUUCUACAGAAUAUUUAAAAAUAUUAAAAAAAAAUAUGGUAUCAAGUACGAUUUGGCUUGUUGUGCCAAAUUUUGGUUCACUUAUAAUGAUUCCUCACUGCCAUAUUUGGUUUACUGACACUAAACUGCGAACAUCUAACCUGAGCGUCCUAUGUUUUGACACAGACGUUUUGUAAUAUUUAAAUUUGCCACUUUUUGAGUCUGUGUGUUUAAAAAGAUUAUUCCAAGUGCACAAUAUACAGAACGAUGUGCCAUUCUUAGCUAGAGGUGAUGUCAAAAUUGUUUUUCCAGGUCAGUGGUUGAGUGAAUCUUACAAAGAAAUGUUCAUGUCAUAUUUAUAAAAAAUAUGAGAAAUUAUAAUUUGCAUCAAGAAAAUUAAGCCUAUUUUUUGACUAUUACAUUUUUUUGUUGUUGUUUUUUUUUGGGGGGGGGGGGGGGGAUUGCAUUGUGAUAUUAUUUUCAUGACAAUUAAACACAUUUUCCUCCCAAAUUCUCACUACCGUAAUGUUACAAAAUCUUGUACAGUAAUGAAACUUAAAAUCAUCAUAAAUUAAAUUCAGGAUGACAUAUACUAUCAUGAUGUAUACUAACAAUCUCAAUGGUCUUAAAAUAGGGUUCGUAUUCUUGAUGAAAAGUAUACACACACACACACACACACACAAAAUAAUAUUUAGGUCUGUAUUUAAGAUAUGCAUAUUUUAUUUCAAAAUUCCUUCAAAUUGAAUUGAGUCACCUUUAACUAAAAUAAGAAACUAAAUAUGUUAAGUUUUAUACAUGUAAUUUUGUAAAAUCAUUAUAAUUAUAAUAAUUUGAUGGAAUUUUGUAAUGAAAUUGAAAUAUGUAAAUCUUAAAUAUUGGCAAAAAUAUUUUAAAUGGAAUUAUUUUGAGGUUUGCCAUUUUCGUAAAGCGUAAACUUCAGGUUGCAGGUGAACAACAAAUAUAUGGUCCUGGUAAAUUGUGAUUUGUGGUGUCUUGACAAGAACAAAUUACUUUCAAAAGGGAGGGAACUGCAUUUACUGUUUUGUUAAAAUCACGAUUUAUAUGGAGUGUAGAAAGCCACUAAGAAAAUGUAUCUUAUUGUAAUCUGCAAAUAUAAAUAUAGAUAGAAGAGAAUGGAAUGGAAUUCAAAGCAAUACUGUUUGUUUUUCCUCUGUUGCUAUAGAAACCACACAUCUUUUAUAUAUCCUGCAAUUUUACAAUAAUGUUCAAAAUCAAAUGUCAAUAAAAGAUAUUCAUUCACUGUCUAA